AUGACACCUCCGAGGGGGCUCAAAACGGGUCCCCAGAAUUCGGGGCCCAGGAGUUUCAGGAAACUGCUACCGCCGUCACGAUACAACUACAACGUCAAACAGAACGUCACGCUGGGCGCAAGCGCACUGCCUACUUCCCGCUUGGUCUCGCCCCCCACUCACUUCCGCGAUAGCUCCUCCGGCGCAGGCGCUGGGCAGCUUGAGGCGCGGCUGUACGUGAAGCAGCUCUCGCAGCAGUCGGACGGGGACCGGGACCUCCAGGAGCACCGGCAGCGCAUCCAGGCGCUGGCGGAGGAGACGGCGCAGAACCUGAAGCGCAACGUCUACCAGAACUACCGGCAGUUCAUCGAGACGGCGCGCGAGAUCUCCUACCUGGAGAGCGAGAUGUACCAGCUCAGCCACCUGCUGACGGAGCAGAAGAGCAGCCUGGAGACCCUCCCCCUGACCCUCGACGGCGCUGGGCCGGGCGAGGAGGGGAAGCAGCGCACCCUCACCACGCUGCUGGAGAAGGUGGAAGGCUGCCGGCACCUGCUGGAGACGCCCGGGCAGUACCUGGUGUACAACGGCGACCUGGUGGAGUACGAGGCGGACCACAUGGCCCAGCUGCAGCGGGUGCACGGCUUCCUGAUGAACGACUGCCUGCUGGUGGCCACCUGGCUGCCCCAGCGGCGGGGCAUGUACCGCUACAACGCCCUCUACCCCCUGGACGGGCUGGCCGUGGUCAACGUCAAGGACAACCCGCCCAUGAAGGACAUGUUCAAGCUGCUCAUGUUCCCCGAGAGCCGCAUCUUCCAGGCGGAAAACGCCAAAAUCAAACGCGAGUGGCUGGAGGUGCUGGAGGCCACCAAGGAAGAGGAGGAGGAGGAGGAGGACGACGAGCCGGCCGCCCCCGAGGUGGAGGAAGAGCGGGUGGACCUCUCCAUGGAGUGGGUCCAGGAGCUGCCCGAGGACCUGGACGUCUGCAUCGCCCAGAGGGACUUUGAAGGGGCCGUGGACCUGCUGGAUAAGUUGAACCGUUACCUGGAGGGUAAGCCCAGCCCACCCCCCGUGAAGGAGCUCAGGGCCAAGGUGGAGGAGCGCGUCCGCCAGCUGACCGAGGUGCUGGUCUUCGAACUGCGGGCGGCCGCGGUGCACACGGCCAUCCGCCAGCUGCGCAUCGAAGGGGCCACGCUGCUCUACAUCCACAAGCUGUGCCACGUCUUCUUCACCAGCCUGCUGGAGACGGCGCGCGAGUUCGAGACGGACUUCGCCGGCACGGACAGCGGCUGCUACUCGGCCUUCGUGGUCUGGGCGCGGUCGGCCAUGGGCAUGUUCGUGGACGCCUUCAGCAAGCAGGUGUUCGACAGCAAGGAGAGCCUGUCGACGGCCGCCGAGUGCGUGCAGGUGGCCAAGGAGCACUGCCGGCAGCUGGGGGACAUCGGGCUGGACCUCACCUUCGUGGUCCACGCCCUGCUGGUGAAAGACAUCCAGGGCGCCUUGCACAGCUACAAGGACAUCAUCAUCGAGGCCACCAAGCACCGCAACUCGGAGGAGAUGUGGAGGAGGAUGAACUUGAUGACGCCCGAGGCCCUGGGCAAGCUCAAGGAGGAGAUGAAGGGCUGCGGCGUGAGUGACUUUGAGCAGUACACGGGCGACGACUGCUGGGUGAACCUGAGCUACACGGUGGUCGCCUUCACCAAGCAGACCAUGGGCUUCCUGGAGGAGGCCCUGAAGCUGUAUUUCCCGGAGCUGCACAUGGUGCUUCUGGAGAGCCUGGUGGAAAUCAUCCUGGUGGCUGUCCAGCACGUGGACUACAGUCUUCGCUGUGAGCAGGACCCGGAGAAGAAGGCCUUUAUCCGGCAGAAUGCGUCCUUCCUCUACGAAACCGUCCUCCCUGUGGUGGAGAAAAGGUUCGAGGAGGGUGUGGGGAAGCCCGCCAGACAGCUCCAGGACCUGAGGAACGCGUCUAGACUGAUCCGCGUGAACCCCGAGAGCACAACCUCCGUGGUCUGAUGCUGGGAUCUGUUUCUGUGUAUACGUAUAUAUUGCUUCUAUAUUAUUUAUAUUUAUGUUAAUCGGCAUUAGCAUUUUCCCUGUAGUCUCAAACACAGCUGAACCAUAAAAGACGCCCUCUCAGAUAGAAACCCAAAAGGAGAAAGAGAAAAAUGUCCAAUUAAGCCCACAUAACAAAAACAUUGCAAUUAAUAAAAUAUAUAGUAUGCUUUUCCUUUUAAAUUAUGCUAACUCUCUAAUGAA